AUGCGUGUUUCAUCUUCCUCCUACGCCCACGACGUCUUUUUCUCUGCCGACGACCACCGUCGUUUCCUCCUUCCUCCUAGUCUUCUUUGUCGCUUCCCUUCAUUGUUUCUGGACAAAGGAGUUGGGGGUGGGAAUUUUCAAGUCCACUGCAAGCUCUGUGACAAAUUCUUUCAUGGAUCUUACACUAGAGUCAGAGCUCAUCUAUUGAAGAUUCCAAGACAGGGUAUUGGAUUUUGUAAGAAGCUAACACAAGCUAAGCUUAUUGAUAUGCUGAAAUUAGACAAUGAGGCUACAAUUAUGAUUGAGAAGUCAAAAACCGAAACAACACCUUUGCCCCCGCUUUCUAGUGAGAGUCCUACUGCUGAUCAUAAAAAGAGGAAGACAUGUGGAGCUCUUGAAAAUGCAUUCAAUAUGCAAGGUAGAGAGACACUUGAUUAUGAAAUUGCUAGAAUGUUUUAUUCUUUCGGAUUGUCAUUUCAUUUUGCAAUAAAUCCUCAUUUCAAAAAGGCAUUUGCUUAUGCAUGCAAUAAUUUCAUAAGUGGAUAUCAACCUCCUGGUUAUAGCAAGUUGAGAACAACCUUGCUAGAAAAUGAAAGAAGACAUGUGGAGAAGCUAUUGGAGCCAAUUAGGACUUCAUUGAGCCAAAAAGGGGUGACUAUUGUUAGUGAUGGAUGGAGUGAUCCACAAAGGAGACCCCUUAUCAAUUUUAUGAUUGUCACGGAGAGUGUGCCUAUGUUCCUAAAAGUUGUAGAUUGUUCAGAUGAGGUAAAAGAUAAAUAUUUCAUUGCCAAAAAGAUAAGAGAGGUUAUAAUAGAAGUUAGACCCUCAAAUGUGGUGCAAGUUGUGACUAAUAAUGCGCAUGUGUGUAGGGCAGCAAGUUUAAUUAUUGAAUCUGAAUUUCCUUCUAUUUAUUGGACUCCUUGUGUUGUGCACACCCUUAACCUUGCUUUGAAGAAUAUAUGUGCAGCUAAGAAUACAGAGAGAAAUAAUACUGUCUACGAAGAAUGUUCUUGGAUCACAAAAAUUGCUAAAGAUGCUAUGCUUAUCAAGAACUUCAUCAUGUGCCACUCUAUGAGAUUAUCAAUCUUCCAUUCAUUCAAUUCCUUGAAGUUGCUUUCCAUUUCUCCAACGAGAUUUGCCUCCACAAUAGUGAUGCUCAAGCGGUUUAGGGAAUUAAAGAAAAGGGCUUCAAGAGAUGGCCAUUAG